AUGCCUAAAGUUCUGAAAGCACCCACAAAGUCUUACAGAUGCCAUCGCUGCAACCGGCUAUUCGCGAGGUCUGAGCAUCUUCAGAGGCAUGAAAGAUCACAUACGAAAGAGAAGCCAUUUCAAUGCUCUCAAUGCCCCAAAGCAUUUACAAGGAAAGAUUUGCUCUCGAGGCACGAUCGUCUUUCCCACGUUUCGGGGAAUGCAUCACAAUCCUCGCCCUCCAUUACUAUUCCAGCAACCCAAUCUCCUCAGCAGUCUUUAAAAUCCAUCAAUAUUCUACCAGAUCCUACAGCAAAUCACUCAAGCAGACAUCAGGGAUCCAUACUUGAAAGUGCAGCCGACAUUUUAGGCGCUCCUCUCAAUGACGUUGAAGGCCAUCUGACAGCCACAGGGACAUCAAAGUCUUACGAGGACCAUAUUAUUCAGACCAGUAGUAUAGGUCAGCCGCUGGAUUUUGCAAUUGGAGAUAACACUGUCGACUAUUUCACUCUUGGUUCCAUAGAUGAUUUUACUUCUUUUAUGGAUAGCGUCUCCGUUCCCACGCAUCCAUUCUCUCCGACUUAUCAGCCGGUACCAUUCUUUUUUCCAGCAACUGAUCCAACUUCUGUCAAUGCUUCGAACGAAGAUUCAACAAACAAUGUUACAUGUCAAAAUGAAAUACCAAGGCAUCGAAUUCCACGACUUGCCACUUCCUUGGCACCUAUUGCAAAAGAUGGCAAUUCCUCUCCUUCUCAAACUGAUAUCAGGCUUGCUCCGCUGCAGCUUGAGUAUGAGUUGACCAAUCCAAACCAACAAGAUCGACCAGGUCUGCUGCAUAUGCAUAUAUCCACGGAAUACUUCGAUUUGCCAUCUCGGCAUGUAUUGUCAAGAUUCUUCGGAGGAUAUUUCGACACUUUCCAUGACCAUUUUCCAUUCCUUCAUAUUCCAACUCUUCGGCCGGAAAACAUUAGUGUCGAGCUAUUUCUUGCCAUGGCGGCUAUUGGAGCUCGCUACACACACGAGUUAGAAAUGAGUAGCGUCUUAUUUCAGAUGGCAAAAGUCUUGGUAUUUCAGUGUAUUCGAAGACACAGAGCCACACAUCCUAUCGCUACCCACGGGCUUCCACUUGGCAAGCUAGCUGCAUCAAGCGAUCAACAGAGCAUUAUCCAGACAGUGCAGGCGAUGCUUUUGUUAGUCGCAAUUACCACCUGGUCUGAGCCUGGUACUGCAUCUGAUGCCUUGUCGAUGCGCAGCAUGCUAGACUGCCUUAUAAGAGAAGAGGAAGCACUUCGCAUUCCUCAGACACGACAUUUUGAUGAUUGGAAAAGUUGGGUCUACUAUGAGAAUAUUAAGCGAGUCAUUUAUGUUGCGUAUUGCUUCAUCAAUAUGCAUACUAUAGUUUUCGACAUACCCCCUUUGAUGUGGGCAAAGGACAUUAACUUUGAACUUCCAUGUCGUGAGAAAGAGUGGAGGGCCAAGGACGAGGUGGAAUGGAAGCAAACUCGCGAUACUGGAGGACAAGCGCCUCUAAACUUCCAAGAGACUUUCGCGAGUCUUUUUGCUAAUGCAGGCGAGAUGGAUGAAAAGUCAAAGACGAGUCAGACAAGCUUCUCGUCUUUCGGAGGAUGUGUCUUGAUGCAUACCUUGAUUCAGCAGAUCUGGCUGACGCGAAACUCUGGACUGCCUUCUCAGCAACUAGAGCACAGCCUUCCAACAGACCAGAUUGGCGCUUUCGAGAAUGCAUUGAGAACUUGGGCAAUGUAUUGGGAGCAUAACCAAGAAUCCUCCAUGGAUCCUUUGAGUCCUCACGGCCCUAUUGCAUUCACUUCUACAGCUCUUAUGCGGCUAGCCUACAUACGCCUCAACAUGAAUCUCGGGCCAAUACGUUGUCUCAGUAGCUGGGAUCCGCAUUUGAUCGCGCAAUCGCUUCACGCGAGCCCCCCAGUCCAACGUAGCGAGAGACUCACUCGGGCUGCUCUUCAUUGUGCACAUGCACUGAGUAUUCCCGUCAAAUUGGGCAUAAACCAUAUCGCUGAAACGCAAGUCAGAUUUUGGUCAAAUCAACAUGCGUUAUGCUCUUUAGAGUGUGCUUUAUUGCUCGCAAAGUGGCUGGAAUCAGUCACAACAAAAGACCCUAAUCCUCCAUUGACGCAAGCAGAGGAGCGACUUUUGGACUUUGUAGUCCACCUUGUAGCUGAAGCAGCAUACAAAGUUCGAUGCGAGAAGAUAUGGGAAAGAAAAAAGUCACUCAAUGUGCAGACCGUUCGGCUCUGGGCAAGGCUGUAUCAAUCCAAGAGCGUCUGGGAAGUGGUGGGCUUAAUUGGAGCCUCAUUGAACAUAUAUGCAGAUAUACUGGAGCAGAAGUGCCCAGAAGAAGGAAUUGGGGCAUAA